GUUUAUCUGUACAAUCACGAAAUUGCCACUCUCCUUCUCUCAUUUGCCAUUUCCCCCACCCACAAACUAGCUUGAAAACAGUUUGAAACUUCACAAAGACAAACUCACUCUCCGCUUAAUUGCCGAGUUCGCGACUCGCUCCCCCACCGAGUUAACCCAGCCAUUCAUCAUCAACUAGCAGCAACAGGUCAGUCGUUUUUUUUCCUUAACGGAUCUCUCGUUUAUUAUUCUGUUUGGAUCCAAAUCAGAUCCGCAUCUCGUUCGCCAUGCUCGUCCACUUUAAACCUCCUCUUCUAGGGUUAGUCUUAUUUUUUUUAAUCAUAUUUUGCUUCGCGGAUCGGGAUAAAGAAUGUCCGAAAUCGACCCCUUUAGUCGGACUGGAGUACGAGUUUACCAUGGUCCAACACCAAUUGAGAGGAGUUUUCUCCUUGAUCGACGAUUGUUCGUUUAAGGUUAAGGAAUUCGAUAUGUUAGCCGGGACGGAUGUCUACUGGUGGAGCACGAUGGCACCCAAUUUCGGUAACUUAACGAAAGGCUUCAUAGUCUCCGAUCAAAAACUCAACCAAACCUACAAAAACGCGAGUUUCACUGUUCGUUUGUUUGAUAAUCUUACCUGGGACCAAAUCCCCGUGCUCGCCAUUUGGGACGUGCACACCGCGUCCAGUUUCGGACACGUCGUGUUAAACGCGUCGGAUUUGGAGCCCACAUGGGGCCUUGACAUGCCGCCGUUACCGGAACAGAACCGCAUUCAGAUGAUGCCAACAAUGUUUGAUAACUGCAAGGAGUUGGCAAAAAAUUACAGGAUUAGGUGGUCGUUGGAUGUGGAUCAACAAUUUAUUGAUAUUGGUUUAGAGGCUGCAAUCGGGAUCCAGAAAUAUAUGGCUUUCGGGUGGGCUGACCCGAGUAAGGGUACGGGGCUUAUGCUGGGUUCUGAUGUGGUGGUUACCGGUUUUACCGAGGAAGGAAGACCUUUUGCGGAUGAUUUUUUUAUCUCCGACUAUAGCGAAUGUUCUUUUAAAAAAGAUGGUUCUGUUUCUGGAGUUUGUCCUGAUUCAGUUUACCAACGAAAUGGCCCGGUUGGGCUCACGAAUAAUAGCAAGGCAUUUUAUGGGCUUAGAAAAGAUGGGGUGUCGUUUAUCAGAUAUAGGAGGCCGUUAAUAUCUGAUGAUAAGAAGUAUGAUAUUUCGGUGAAUUAUACUGACAACAUGACAGUUAUUUGGGCGAUGGGGUUGAUGAGACCACCUGAUGCUCUUAGACCUUUCUAUCUUCCUCAAAAUCAUGGGGGACCGAAAGGGUUGACUUAUGGACAUUUGGUGCUCAAUCUUUCAGAGCAUGAGAAUAAUUGUUUAGGCCCUUUGGAUGCAGAUAACAAGGAAGAUCAAGAUUUGGUUAUAGCAGAUGCAAAAGCUCCUCUUGUUGUUGUGACCGGUGACACAUUGCAUUACCCAAAUCCUCCAAAUCCACCUAAAGUGUUUUAUAUCAAUAAGAAGGAGGCUCCAGUGUUAAGAGUGGAACGAGGGGUGCCUGUGAAGUUCUCAAUACAGGCCGGGCAUGAUGUUGCUUUGUACAUCACUUCAGAUUUGCUUGGUGGGAAUGCAACAUUGAGGAACAGGACUGAGACUAUCUAUGCAGGAGGGCCAGAAGCUGAAGGAGUUCCAUCUAGUCCGAAGGAAUUGGUUUGGGCUCCGGAUAGGAAUACACCUGAUCAGGUGUACUAUCAGUCUGUGUUUCAACAGAAAAUGGGUUGGAGAAUUGAGGUGGUUGAUGGAGGUUUACCAGACAUGUACAAUAACAGUGUUGUUUUAGAUGAUCAACAAGUUACGUUCUUCUGGACAUUGUCAAAGGAUAAGGAGUCAAUAUCUCUUGCAGCUCGUGCUGAGAAAAAGAGUAAUUAUCUUGCUAUAGGGUUUGGCACUAGCAUGGUGAAUAGCUAUGCUUAUGUGGGUUGGAUUGACAGUGUUGGGAAAGGCCAUGUUAAUACGUAUUGGAUUGAUGGAAUGGAUGCUUCGAGUGUGCAUCCCACAAAUGAGAAUUUGACUUAUGUUAGGUGCAAGUCAGAAAAUGGCAUUAUUACAUUUGAGUUUACUCGUCCCUUAAAACCACCAUGCCCUCACAAACAUAAGCCAGAGUGUAAAAAUAUCAUCGACCCAACAACUCCCCUCAAAGUUAUUUGGGCAAUGGGUUCGAGCUGGACGGAUGAACAUCUUACUGAGAAAAAUAUGCAUUUUGUUAAGAGUCAAAGGCCUGUCCGUGUGCUGCUUUUGCAUGGCUCUGCAGAGGCAGAGCAGGAUUUACGUCCAGUUUUAGCUGUGCAUGGCUUCAUGAUGUUCCUUGCCUGGGGUAUUGUGCUUCCAGGUGGAAUAUUGGCUGCUAGAUACUUAAAACAUGUGAAGGGUGAUGGAUGGUAUCAGAUUCAUGUUUACUUGCAGUACUCAGGAUUGGCAAUUGUCCUUCUCGCCCUUCUUUUUGCAGUGGCUGAACUUCGGGGUUUCUAUGUCAGCUCAUUACAUGUUAAGUUUGGGAUUACUGCUAUAGUUUUUGCUUGUGUGCAGCCAGUCAAUGCAUGUAUAAGGCCUAAGAAACCUGAUAAUUCGGAUGUCGUUUCCCCAAAAAGGCUGAUGUGGGAGUACUUCCAUGUCAUUGUUGGCAGAUCUGCCAUUGUUGUAGGAAUUGCGGCACUUUUCAGUGGUAUGAAGCAUUUAGGAGACAGAUAUGGAGGCGAAAAUGUUCAUGGACUUAUUUGGGCUCUAGUUAUAUGGUUCCUGAUUUGUGGUUCGGUAGUGGUGUAUUUGGAACUCUGUCAAAAACAGCGCAGGAGGGAAAGAGUUUUUGAAAGAAGCAAUUGGGUUUUGGGUAACGUUGAGGAAGAUGAUUCUGCUGACCUCUUAAGCCCAACUAGGGAUUAUGUAGAAAAGGGUCCGCAACAGUCUGGAAGACUGGAAGUUCAGUUAGAGCCUUUGAACAGGUAGAUAAGUUUGAUAAUUAUUAUUAUUCUUUCAUAUGAACUAGCCUCAGUUUUUGAAAAUUUUCUACCCGUAAUGGGGAUAGCAGUGAGUUUAUUUUCUUAUACAAGUUUUUCUUUUGGUGUAAGAGGGGCGUACUGAUAAUUGUCCUUGCCUCCAACCAUAAUCGGAGUAAUUAGACUACAAUAUGUAUUUUGUACACUUUACAUCGUUUAAUUUUAACAUAGUGAAAAGUGAUAUC